AUGCCCGUGCAAUGUUAUUGGAGUUCCCACGAGCAGUGCUGCGCGUACGAACGGCGUUACGAUAUUUUGCGACAUAGAAGGAAAGAAAUCGCGAAGUUAUUCGGAAAGUCGGCCAGAACACCGAGGUGCGGCGAACGCGUCACGCUGCGGACGUGAAGCAGGCGACGACGGGAAACGUUGGCGGCACCGAAAAAUGCGCACAACCGUGGCGAGUCAUCGCGGAUGUCAUGCAUCUCGUCGCUGCAUCAGGGAAUGACUCGCGUCUCCGCCCCAAAAAUAAGUACGGCCCAGUGCGGUUCGUCAUCGCCGAGAUCGAGCACGAUCGCCGAUCGUACACGCAGACGGCUCUGAUCACGUAGCACGAUCCCUUCGUGCAACUACUUGAUUUAUAGCAUCGGUAGACGCAAUUCACGGAAUCAGUGAUCUGUUGAGAUUGGUUUGAGUUAUUGGUGAUUUGUGGAUCAGAGAAAAGAAUGUCACUAAAACCUAAGCGGGUAGAUUUCAAUCAAACAUGGAACGUGCUGCAAGAUACUGUCAAAGGAGUAAUAACGUUAGCAGAUAUCCCGCGCUCCACGUGGAAUGACAGAUUCAGUGAUGUGUACUCUUUGUGCGUCGCAUAUCCUGAACCACUGGCAGAUCGUUUGUACAAUGAGACAAAAAGGUUUCUCGACGAUCAUGUGUCUCAGUUGUUGGAAAAGGUCCUAUGCCAAGGCGAAAUGAAUCUGCUUCAGGCAUACCAUCGAGCCUGGACAGAGUACUCGCAGGGUAUCUACUACCUGCACAGCUUGUACUUGUACCUCAAUCAACAACACAUCAAGAAACAGAAGCUCUCGGAAGCGGAACUCCUCUAUGGCAUGGGUACCAGCAUCGAUGGUGAGUGCCAAGAGCAGAUGGAGAUCGGAGAGCUAGGCCUGGACAUCUGGAAGAGGAAGAUGAUAAUGCCGCUGAAGAAAUCGCUCGUGUCGCUUCUGCUCGAGAGUAUCCACGCCGACCGAGUCGGGAAGGCACUGCCUACCAGCACCGACGUUAUAUGCAGUGUUAUAGAGAGUUUUGUUCGAGUGGAAGAGUACAAGCUUAAGGGACAAAUAGAUAUGUACCAAGAAAUUUUCGAGGAACCUUUCCUGCAAGCUAGCGGAGAUUUUUAUAUGAGAGAAGCGUCGUCGCUGUUGCAACAGUCGAACGUUACGCGCUACAUGGAGAAAGUGACGUGGAGACUUAGCCAAGAGGAGUCGCGUGCGCAUAAGUACCUUGACAUGAGUUCUGUACCAAAAGUAAGAGCGUGUUGCGAGGAGAAGAUGGUGGCCGCGCAAGCGGACUGGCUUCACACGGAAGCCGAGAUCAUGAUAAAGGAGGAGAGCAGACGUGAUCUCGCUCUUCUCUAUCCGUUGUUGAGGCCUUUGCCGGGAGGUUUGGAUCCACUUGUACAAAAGUUCACUCGACACGUCACGCAGCAAGGAUUGCAAGCCAUUGGACCUUUGCAGGGGGAAAACGUGUACACGCAAUUCGUGGAGAAUAUGUUGAAUGUACAUUCGAAAUAUUCAGAACUGAUCAAAGAUGUGUUCAAGGCAGAUCAAAGUUUUAUGGGCGCUCUCGAUAAAGCUUGCUCUGCUAUUGUGAAUUAUAGGCCCGCUCCAAAACAACCAGUCCGAGCGCCAGAACUGUUGGCGAAAUAUUGCGAUUCUCUGUUGAAAAAGUCACCCAAAGCAGCUUCUGAGAGCGAGAUCGAGGAUAAGUUGAAGCGCUCCAUAACUGUAUUCAAGUAUGUCGACGACAAGGACGUGUUUCAGAAAUUUUACUCGCGCAUGCUGGCAAAGCGGUUGAUACACCAACAAUCGCAGUCAAUGGAGCUCGAGGAAAUGAUGAUCGAGCGGUUGAAACAAGCGUGCGGCUACGAAUUUACGAACAAGUUGCAUCGUAUGUUCACGGACAUGUCCGUCUCCGCGGAUCUCAACGCGAAAUUCAUAGCGAGCUUGCGAGAGGCGGACGGGGACAAUCAGUUGGGUACCGGUUUCGGGGUCAAAGUACUGCAAGCCGGUGCCUGGCCGCUUGGUUUACCGCCGUCCCCGGGCCCGUUUCACGUUCCGCAGCAAUUGGAGAAGUCUAUCCAGGCCUUCGAGGCGUUCUACCACAUGCACUUCAGCGGCCGUAAACUCACGUGGCUGCAUCACUUGAGUCAGGGAGAGCUGAAGUUCAACUACUUACCGAAAUCGUACUUGGUCACGGUGCAGACGUAUCAAAUGGCAUUGCUGUUACUGUUCGAGUAUUGCGACGCAGUAUCUUGUAGAGACGCGGCAGCGUCAUUACGUUUGUCUCAUGAGCAAUUAGUGAAACACGCCGCUAGUCUUGUCGACUGCAGAAUCCUCGAUAAAUCCAGCGGCAGCGAAUUGGAGGAGGACACCAUUCUUACGCUCAAUUUGAAUUAUUCCAACAAGAGAACGAAAUUCCGCGUGACCGGCGUGUUGCAGCGCGACGCGCCGCAGGACGCGGAAGCUACGCAUCGCAGCGUGGACGAGGACAGGAAGAUGUUCCUGCAGGCAGCUAUAGUUCGCAUCAUGAAAAGCCGCAAGCUACUGAGACACAAUCAGCUCAUACAGGAGGUGCUGAGUCAAUCAAAAGUCACGUUCGCACCUUCGAUUGCGAUGAUUAAGAAAUGUAUUGAGACUCUGAUAGACAAGCAAUACAUUGAACGUACGGCAAAUAGCGCGGACGAGUACUCAUAUAUCGCGUAACCUUUUAAAGUCUGUCACUAAUUUAUUUCAUUCGAAAUGCAGCCCAAACGCGCCACUGAUCGGCGAUGUUAAUUAAAUUGACAUCAACGACUCACCGAGUAUCUGGGAUAAUCGUGUGAAGAGACUCAAUGGAAACGUUUCAUCGGUGAAAGUUGAAACGCAUGUGCGGGUGUCAGUGGCGUUUGAAAGAUCGGGAAAAGCAUUUUAGCUCGCUUAUAUAUAUUUGCUCUUAGGAUCAAUCAAUUAAUAAAUACCUUAAUUAAUUUACUGAAUUGUAAUAUAUGCACACACACUGAAUAAAGAUGAUGUUACUAUUUUA